CCUGUUCAUAUGUCCCGGCGAGACGUUGCGGACUGAGCGUGUGUGUGUACAUAGAGGAUGGCUCAGUGCUCAGGUGCAGACAGCAGGCUCUGGGAACCAGUCAAUCAGGCAGCAGGACCAGUUCAUUUACCCAGACGACAGAGCACUCUGCUGGGUUAGGGGCUGGAGCUUGAGCCCUCGCUUGGACCUCAAACCCUGGAGCUCCAGUGAUGUACCUGUAACUGUUUUUAUACAUUAUUCCUAAUCAGGAGGACAAUUUCACCUGACUGUGGAUAACAUAAAAAUAUUAGUUUUUGUAGUUGCUAUAAUUGUCCCUUGUUUAGCACUUUGAGGACUGAGAAGUGGAAGCAGCUGCCUUCACAGCGCUGGAGCUUGAGGAGUAUGUCCUGUCCCUGCCCUGCCCCAAACUGGACCUUUGCAUCUGGCCAGUGUGGAUAACUACUGAGGGAGAUAAAGAACAAAAGAAAGAGGGAAAUCUUGAAAACGAGGAGAGGAAGAUCCCUCCUCUCACACACCUGUGAGGGCUCCUUCUCUGACAAAAGAUAGCAGAGGAUAUUGGAGGAACAAAAAGACAAUUAGGAGCUAAGAAGAAAAGGCUAAAGAGAAGACUUUGGGUCUCCAUCCCUCCAUUCAUCCCUCCUUCAACUGUUUCCCACCUGUGAGGAUUAAUUGGACUGGAGCAGCAUGGCGCAUGCCGCCUCGCAGCUGAAGAAAAGGGCGGAUGAGAACCUCACUGCGUUGGAGGACGAGAAGGAGAAGAAGAAGGCAGCAAGGAAACGUUCUCGCGAAUUGAAGAAAAAGACGGAUGUAAACGCCAGUUAUCUGAGAUCAGCUCGGGCCGGGAACCUCGAGAAAGCUUUGGACUACCUGAAGAAUGGAGUGGACAUUAAUAUUUGCAAUCAGAACGGUCUGAAUGCUCUCCAUCUGGCCUCGAAGGAGGGCCAUGUGGAAGUGGUGGCUGAGCUCAUCAAGCAGGGCGCCAACGUGGACGCAUCCACUAAGAAAGGAAACACAGCCCUCCACAUAGCCUCCCUUGCUGGGCAGACAGACGUGGUGAAGGAACUUGUCACCCACAGCGCCAAUGUCAAUGCACAAUCUCAGAAUGGCUUCACUCCGCUUUAUAUGGCGGCGCAGGAGAACCACAUGGAGGUGGUGCAGUACUUGUUGGACCACGGCUCCAGUCAGAGCAUCGCCACUGAGGAUGGUUUCACCCCCCUGGCGGUGGCGUUGCAGCAGGGCCACGACCAGGUGGUUUCCCUCCUGCUGGAAAACGACACCAAGGGGAAGGUCCGCCUGCCUGCGCUGCACAUCGCCGCGCGGAAAGACGACACAAAGGCCGCCGCGCUCCUCCUCCAGAACGACCACAACGCUGACGUGGAGUCCAAGAUGAUGGUGAAUAGAACAACAGAGAGCGGUUUCACUCCCCUCCAUAUUGCGGCUCACUACGGCAAUAUCAACGUAGCAACGCUCCUGCUUAACAGAGGGGCAGCUGUGGACUUCAAGGCGAGGAAUGACAUAACACCGCUGCACGUAGCAUCCAAACGUGGGAAUGGCAACAUGGUGCGACUGCUGCUGGAGAGAGGGUCCAAGAUAGACGCACGGACCAAGGACGGUCUGACUCCUCUGCACUGCGGAGCCAGGAGUGGUCAUGAGCAGGUGGUGGAGAUGCUGCUGGACAGAGGAGCGCCGAUACUCUCAAAGACAAAGAACGGAUUGUCUCCGCUCCACAUGGCGACGCAGGGCGACCACCUCAACUGCGUCCAGCUGCUGCUGCACCACGAGGUGCCCGUGGACGACGUGACCAACGACUACCUGACGGCGCUGCACGUGGCCGCCCACUGCGGCCACUACAAGGUGGCAAAGGUCAUCGUGGACAAGAAGGCCAACCCCAACGCCAAGGCACUGAAUGGUUUCACUCCUCUGCACAUUGCCUGCAAGAAAAACAGAGUCAAGGUGAUGGAGCUGCUUCUGAAGCACGGGGCGUCGAUACAGGCAGUCACUGAGUCUGGUCUGACUCCGAUCCAUGUUGCAGCCUUUAUGGGACACGACAACAUUGUGCAUCAGCUGAUCCACCAUGGGGCUUCCCCAAACACAAGCAAUGUGAGGGGGGAGACGGCGCUCCACAUGGCAGCGAGAGCCGGACAGACGAACGUGGUCCGAUAUCUGAUCCAGAAUGGAGCACGUGUCGAUGCCAAGGCCAAGGACGAGCAGACUCCGCUGCACAUCUCAAGCCGUCUUGGUAAGCAAGACAUCGUCCAACAGCUGCUGGCAAACGGAGCAUGCCCAGAUGCCACCACCAACUCCGGAUACACACCUUUACACCUGGCCGCCAGGGAGGGACACAGAGACGUGGCUUCAGGGCUACUGGAUCAAGGAGCUAGUCUGGGCAUCAUUACCAAGAAGGGCUUCACUCCUUUACAUGUAGCUGCAAAGUACGGGAAGAUCGAGGUCGCCAACCUGCUGCUGCAGAAAAAUGCUCCGUCUGAUGCUGCUGGGAAGAGUGGACUAACUCCACUGCAUGUGGCAGCACACUACGAUAACCAGAAGGUGGCGCUGCUCUUGCUCAACCAGGGAGCGUCACCGCAUGCUGCUGCAAAGAACGGUUACACACCGCUCCACAUUGCAGCCAAGAAAAAUCAGAUGGAGAUAACCACCACGUUACUGGAGUACGGCGCCUCCACCAACACGGUGACCCGCCAGGGGAUCACGCCUCUGCACCUCGCAGCACAGGAAGGCAACGUGGACAUAGUGACGCUGCUGCUGGCUCGAGACGCUCCGAUAAACAUGAGCAAUAAGUCUGGUCUGACUCCGCUCCACCUGGCUGCCCAGGAGGAUAAAGUCAACGUUGCUGAGGUCUUAGUCAACCAGGGAGCGACUAUAGACCCUGAGACCAAGCUGGGAUACACUCCUCUCCAUGUGGCCUGUCACUACGGCAAUGUAAAGAUGGUAAAUUUCCUGCUGAAAAAUCAGGCGAAGGUCAACGCUAAGACCAAGAAUGGUUACACACCUCUCCAUCAGGCUGCACAGCAGGGGCACACACACAUCAUCAACUUGCUGCUACAUCAUGGAGCAUCGCCUAACGAACUCACAACUAAUGGGAACAGCGCCCUGUCCAUUGCCAGGAGGCUCGGCUACAUCUCUGUAGUCGACACACUCAAAGUGGUCACAGAGGAGACUUUGACCACUCAGACUGUGUCUGAGAAGCAUAAGAUGAACGUUCCAGAGACCAUGAACGAGGUGCUGGACAUGUCCGAUGAUGAAGGUGACGAUGCCAUGACGGGGGAAACAGACAAAUAUCUGGCCCCCCAGGACCUGCGGGAGCUGGGGGACGACUCGCUCCCUCAGGAGGGCUACAUGGGCUUCAGUGUUGGUGCGCGGUCACAGAGUCCCAAAGUCAGCCUGCGUUCCUUCAGUUCUGAUAGGUCCCACACGCUGAACCGGAGCUCGUUCACGCGGGACAGCAUGAUGAUAGAGGAGAUGCUGGCCCCCAAUAAGGAGAUGAUGCUCUGUAAGGAAAGGUCUUUCAUAGUAGAGCAACACAAUAAGCAUUUGGCGGUGGCUAAGGACUGUGACAACGACUCUCUGAGGAGAUACAGCUGGACUGCAGACGCACUGGACAAUGUCAACCUGGUCUCCUCGCCAAUACACUCUGGUUUUUCCUCUCCGCUCCCGCAGUACGACAGCAGGUUCUUGGUCAGCUUCAUGGUCGACGCCAGGGGCGGCUCCAUGAGAGGAAGUCGUCACAACGGCAUGCGCAUCAUCAUCCCCCCCAGAAAGUGCACAGCGCCCACCAGGAUCACCUGUCGACUGGUCAAGAGACACAAACUGGCGUCGCCUCCUCCCAUGGUGGAAGGAGAAGGCCUGGCCAGCCGACUGGUUGAGGUCGGCCCGGCAGGAGCUCAGUUCCUCGGGCCCGUGAUAGUGGAGAUUCCUCAUUUUGGCUCGAUGCGGGGCCAAGAGAGAGAGCUGAUCCUGCUGCGCAGCGAGAACGGAGAAAGCUGGAAGGAGCAUCUGUACGACUAUAAGAGCGAUGGCCUCAGUCAGCUGCUCAGUGGGAUGGAUGAAGAACUGGACAGUCCUGAGGAGCUGGAGAAGAAGAGAAUCUGCCGCAUCAUCACCAAGGACUUCCCACAGUACUUUGCUGUUGUGUCUCGAAUCAGGCAGGAGACUAAUCAAAUGGGACCAGAGGGCGGGACUCUGUGCAGCCGGAGCAUCCCGUUGGUUCAGGCUUCCUUCCCUGAGGGGGCGCUAACCAAGAAGAUCAAAGUUGGACUCCAGGCCCAGCCGGUGCCCGAUGAGACUGUGAAGAAAAUCCUUGGUAACCGAGCAACCUUCAGCCCCAUCGUUACCGUGGAGCCCAGAAGAAGGAAGUUCCACAAGCCCAUCACCAUGACAAUCCCAGUCCCGCCCCUCUCAGGGGAGGGUCUUACAAACGGCUACAAAGGAGACUGUACUCCAUGUCUCCGCCUUCUCUGUAGCAUUACAGGUGGUACGUCCCCAGCACAGUGGGAAGACAUCACUGGCACAACUCCCCUCACCUUCAUCAAUGACUGUGUCUCUUUCACCACUAAUGUCUCAGCCAGGUUCUGGUUAGCGGACUGCCACCAGAUCCCAGAGACAGUGGGCUUGGCCAUGCAGCUGUACAGGGAGCUCAUCUGUGUGCCCUACAUGGCCAAAUUUGUGGUGUUUGCAAAGACGAAUGACCCAGUGGAGUCCAGUCUCAGGUGCUUCUGUAUGACGGACGACAAGGUGGAUAAGACCCUAGAGCAGCAGGAGAACUUUGAGGAGGUGGCCAGGAGCAAAGACAUAGAGGUUCUGGAGGGCAGGCCCAUCUAUGUGGACUGCUAUGGAAACUUGGCUCCUCUGACUAAAGGUGGACAGCAGUUAGUUCUUAACUUCUACGCCUUCAAGGAGAACCGUUUGCCCUUCUGUGUCAAGGUGAGAGAUCCCAGCCAGGAGCCCUGCGGCCGUCUUACGUUCCUUAAAGAGUGUAAGACUAUAAAAGGCCUUCCACAAACUGCCGUGUGCAACCUGAACAUCACGCUUCCUGCAGUGAAAAAGGAAAUGGAGUCAGAUGCAGAGGAUGAGACUGAAAAGCCAGAGCGACGUCAUACCUUUGCAUCCCUAGCCUUACGUAAGCGCUUCAGCUAUCUGGCCGAGCCUGCACUGAAAACCACAGUUGAACGAAGCACAACAGCAAGAACACUGCCUGCUGGUUACCCUCACAAACCUGUCUUUCCAACCAGACCUUACCCACCAUGGUCGACUGCUCCUAUUACCGUCCCUGGUCAAACAAGGCCCGUCGGAGUGGGGGGUUCCCUCACCUCUACCGAUUCACCGACAGGCUCACCAGCUGCUUCUCCAUUGAAAACUACCUGGCCCCUCUCCUCCAUUUCACCUGCAUGUCCUGCAACAAUCAAAGCCACCCUGGGAGACCCACCACACCCUAUCCUGUCAUCCCCAGUUAAAUCAGUUAGCGACGUAUCAACCUCAUCCCCCGUAAGGUCUUACAAGACUAUGCCUUCACCCAUUAAAACUGUUGUCCAGCUGGGUCAGUAUCCUGUCCAGGGGUCUGCCAGCCUUGUGUCCUCUGGGAGCCCAUGUAAACCUGCCACAGAUCCAGCAUCAAUCAAAAUCUUUGCUUCAGCAUACACAUCAAGGACUUCCCCACUUCACGCAAUACCCAAUGGUUCAGUACCAGAGAAGUCAUCAGAUUCUAUUACUGCUCUAGCAUCGCCAAAGACACCUUACAACAUGUACAAUUCUAAUCUGCCUUUUAAAACUGCCCUUGGGUCCACAAUUGCAACAGACGAAGGUGCACCUAACAUUUCCAUCUCCAACAUGUCCUCUUUGAAAACCUCUGUAGAUUCAACACUCUCAUCCAGAGGAGGGAGGUCCUCCCUCUCGUCUCUUUCCUCAACAGGGAAGACAACCAUAGCUUCCUCAGAAUUGUCUAUGAUGAAUGGAUCAGUCUCUCCUGUUAAAUAUCCUUCCUCCUCCUCCACACCAUCCUCCCCUUCUUCUCACCUCCUCUCAGAGAGAUGUAGCAGUCUUCAGGAGAGGAUCCAGGCCACCACCCAAGCAGCAACCUCUGGUGUCAGUGCAGCCAUAAAUGAAGCUAUAGACUCAUAUUCUGUGUCGGGCUAUGGCACUCUUAGAUCACUGUCCUCUUCGCGUAGGUCUGCAGCAGCAAGCUCUGCUUACGGUUCUCUGAGAUCUGCAGCUGCGUCCUCCAACUCAGCAGUUUCUUCUAACGCCGUGACUGUACCUGUGUUUUCAUUAGUUAACGUCAUACCAGAGACCCCUGUCAAACCAGGGCCAGGGUCGCUCAAAAUGGCACUGCCUGAUUCUUCGCAUGUCUCUUCUUCCCCUUUGUCUUCCUGUGUUACCACAUCAAAAAUAAAUUCCCAAAUGAAAUCCCCUCCGUUUAUCACACCAGCCAUCAUCCACCCAACUGGAACUUCUAACCAGGAGAUACUAAAAGAUGUAGCAGACAUGAAAGAGGAUCUGAUCAGAAUGACAGCUAUCUUACAGACAGACACACAGACAGCAGCCAAAACUGUCCAAACAUCACACACUGGCACUCCUAAAGAGACCAAGUUAGAGGAUGAAGAGCCAUUUACUCUAGUGGAGAAAGUGAAAGAAGAUUUAGUGAAAGUCAGUAAGAUAUUACAGAAGGAUGUCAUGAGUGAGGGUAGGGCCAUUGCAGGUAAAGAGAGAGCCUCGGAGGAUGAUUGGGAGGAAUUUUCCAAAGAUGAGAUUGAGGAGGCACAAAGAGGUGCCCUCUCAGAAUAUUACACUCCUUUUGAUGAAAACACACUCCUGCUCAAGCAGCAGUCCAUGUCCAGCAAAGACUUAGAGUUGGCUAAAGUAGUAGACUUUUUAACAAAUGACAUUGGUGCUAGCUCUCUCUCCAGAAUGGCAGAAUUGAAAUGUAGGAAUGAGGAGGAGGCAAAAAGAGCAGGGGAAGAGAAACAGAAACGUGUUCUCAAACCAUCUAUGUCAAUACAAGAGCACAAACUCAAAAUGCCUCCACCGGUCUCAGGCAUGCUUAGGUCUCCCUCAGAGAAGGACCUUAGCAAACUUACUGAAUCAUAUCAAGGGUCGGACACUAUCUUGGAGUCACCCGAGGACCUGUCCCAUGAGCAGGAUAAGAGUCCCCUGUCAGACAGCGGGUUUGAGACCAGAAGUGAAAAGACACCUUCUGCUCCUCAGAGUGCAGAGAGUACAGGACCUAAGCCUUUAUUCACUGAUUCACCCAUCCCUCCCUGUGUAGCUGAGACCAGGACUGAAGUGGUCCACUUUAGAAGCUACGAUGAUCCUUGUGAGCCUUUAUUAAUGGAGGAGGCUGCAUCUGCUCUUCCUUUUAUAGAACCAGAUGCAGCUUCAACUAGGUCCAUGUCAGCCUUACAGAUCAAAAUGCCAGAAGAGGAUUCCAUGAUCAACAAAAGUGUGUGUCUUAAGGAGGAAACCCAUAUUACUACCACUACUAGAAUGGUCUAUCACAAGCCCCAACUAACUGAUGGCGCAGAGCUGAUAGAGGAAGGUAUGUCAGUUAGCGACAUCAUGAAAGCUUUUCAGUCAGGUAGGGACCCAUCUAAAGAACUGGCAGGCCUUUUUGAAUACAAAGCUAGCCAGGAUUCUGUCAAAGGUGAUGAGCUUACUCCUAGAUUUCUUGAGAAAGACAUUAAAUCCAAACCUAAAGUUGAAAGGAUAAUUGAGGUUCAUAUUGAAAAGGGCCACAGCACUGCAGAGCCGACUGAGGUUAUUAUCAGGGAAACCAAGAAACACCCUGAGCUUUAUGUCUACAAAGGGGACCAUGGAAUUAAGGAACUUACUGAUUACGAUGAUGCCCAACCGGAAGAGGAGGAACUUACUGCCGAGGAAUCUCUCCCCUCCUUCCCAGAAACAUCUCGCGUUAACACCCCAGUGUCACAGGAGGAGGACAGUCGCCCAAAUUCUGCCCAGCUGAUAGCAGAUGAUUCGUAUAAAGCACUGAAACUGUUAAGCCAGCACUCCAUAGAAUACUGUGAUGAUGAGCUAUCAGAAAUCAGAGGCGAGUCAUAUAGGUUUGCUGAGAAAAUGCUCCUCUCAGAAAAGCUUGAUGCAUCAUUACUGUCUCACUCUGACACAGAGGAUUCGGCAAUGGUGACAGACAAAAAGCGCCACGUAGGUUCUGAACAGAGUGGUAGCCGUAGCCCUGGGAGUCAGCAGCAUGGAAGCCCUAAAAGAGAGUUUGUUUCUAAGUCAUCAAGAGAUGGGUCCCCUGUCUCUGGUAAAUUUGUGCACAGGGAUGAACCAUCUCAGUUUGAUAAGGUGACAGUGCUUCAUUACUCCACAGAGCAGGGCAGCCCCAAACAUGCUGUUUGGAUGCGUUUUACAGAAGAUAAACAUGACAGGAGCAGAGAUAAGCUCCUUUAUGAGGAUAGGGUGGAUCAAACUGUGAAGGAAGCUGAAGAAAAACUCAGUGAGGUAUCACAAUUCUUCCGGGACAAAACAGAGAAGCUCAAUGAUGAGCUGCAGUCCCCUGAGAAAAAGCCUGUGAGACAAGUGCCAAAGGAACCCAGGUCCUGGCCUAGCUCAGCCUGCAGUACCCCUGAGAAAACACUGCAAAAACCUAAAACGGAAGAGGGCUUCAGUAAAAGUAAACUCAGGGAGCCUUCUGUUGGUAAAAUGUUUGGCAGUACCACUACAACUGUAAAGAAAAGUUCUAGCUUACCAAGCAGUCCCCAGAAAAGCAGUGAGGACAAAAUUAAACAACAAACCAAAACCAGUGAGUCUGAACCCUGUUCUCCCUCUCAUGUAAAAUCAACAUCAAAAGUCAGUGCUGUGAGGAUGAAGUUUGAAUCUGUGGCUCAGAAAUCAAGUCAGUCUAGUCCAACCAAAAUUCCUCCUCCAGUGCAGCCAAAACCGUCAAUAAAGAAACUACAGGAGAGCAAACUUCCUGUUUAUCAGUUUGCUGGCGGAAAAACCUCAAAAGCAUCUGAAACAUCCGAAGAAGUAAGUCCAAAAAAGGUAGGGAAGGACACAGACAUCAGUAAAUCUGCUUUGAUAUCAUCAACAUCUAAAACCCCAAAACAUACAGGAGACAAAUUACCAAACAAAAGCACCCCAGAACCCUCAUUGCAAAGACAAUUUAGUGAAACUGAGACUCACAAAGCAACUACUAAAGGGACAGAUAUCACUUCCACUGUUACUCUGGAAAUUAAAGAAAGCAAUAAAGGUCAGAAAGUCCAGACACCCGUUGUUCAAGAUACUACUAGACUACUAGAGAAAGAUACUGAUGCCAAAAAGUAUCAACAAGUCCCAAAAAGUGAGUCUGCUUCCAAAGAAGUAAUAACAGAAGUAUCAAGAAAAGACACAGACGAACCACUAAACAAAAACCUUAGAAAAAAGACAGAAUGCCAAAGUCCUGUAAGAUUGUCUUCUACUUUAGAUAAUGACCUCACAAAGAAACCGACCAUAGCUAAACCCUCACAGAUCCCCACAUUAUCAAAGAGCAAAAUGCAGAUGAGUCUUGAGACAACCCCGGCAAAAACAGAUCUGACUUUUGAAAUUUUAGAUAAUGCACCCAAAGAUUCAAACUCCAAUAACCUUCCGAGCCCUAGAGACACACUGGAAAAAGUGAUAACUUCUCCAACUGCUAUAACAACCAAAGAAAACUUCAAGGGCAUCAAAACAUUACCUGUUUAUGUCAGUGUCCAGGUGGGAAGGCAAGCAGAGAGGGAGGCCAAAGGGUCACUGUACACAGUCAAACAGAAAUCAAAUACAGCACUUAGCCCCAUAAGCCCCGAUGAUGACACACUAGAACAGGUCUCUUUUAUAGAUAGCUCAGGGAAAAGCCCUCUUACACCAGAGACACCCAGCUCUGAGGAGGUCAGCUAUGACCUCAUGCCCAGGACCCCUGAUGGCUUUAUGGGAUUCAUGCCAGGGAAACCCAGUCCCAUCAUGGAGGUAUCUGAAGAAUCAGAGGAAGAUGAAAGCAAAGUUGUUUUCUCUUUUAAAGAGGUCCUACCAGAAAGCAAUACUAGUGUUCACAGCACCCAAGCAGACCUUGCUAAUGCAAAUGAGAAAGAAACGCCAAAAAAUGAUAACCAGCAGGAAAUAACUUGUAAUUUCAACCAGCAAGGAACAGCAAUCAAUGGCAGGCAUGAUGAAACAUCAGAGCAGGAGCACAAUGAGGUGUCAAAAGACAAAGGUAUCGCUUAUAUUGAGUUCCCUCCCCCUCCUCCUCUAGACUCGGCUUCAGAAAGGUCAGACUCAGAAAGGAAAGGUUCCUGUGCUUCUUCAGAAACUGAGACAGAAAUGAUGGAGGUGAACCUACAGGAGGAACAUGACAAGCAUCUACUAACAGAGCCAAUUAUACGUAUCCAACCCCCUUCCCCAGUGUCCCCAGGGGAAGAUGACAGUCAAUCAAAUGAUGAAGAGGCAGGAGAAGACAAGGAUGAGUCAAUUUUUCAGCCAAUUCCUUGUAGGAAAUUAUCUUGCAAACAUCCUGAGGAGGAGGAGGAGGAGAAGAAGAGGAAGGAGAAGGAGAAGGCAUCUAAAUCUAAAAAACAUGACAAAAAUGGAAAUAACAAAGAAACUAAUGGUGGGACCAAUGGGUCCAAUGGUUCUAACGGUUCUAAUGGCAAAGGAGAGGAGAAUGAAUAUGAACAAAAUGGAAAUGACCAGUCAAUUACAGACUGUUCAAUAGCUACAACGGCAGAAUUUUCUCAUGACACAGAUGCGACAGAGAUAGAUUCCCUAGAUGGAUAUGAACUUCAGGAUGAGGAUGAUGGCCUGUGUGAGCAGGCAGAUAUACGGCUGUUUGGUCUUCCAGAAAGCAGGAGAGACGUCUGGGCAACAGACACAUUUAGGUCAACUGACCGCUCUUUUCCUCCAACCAAACUGGAAGUUAUAGAAGAGGAGAAAACCCCAGAGGAAUGUCAAAAGGACGAAAAAGAUACCCCCUCAAAUGGUGCAAUACCUGAUGGUGUUAGUAAGGAUGGGGUUAAAAGUCAGGAACAAAACAAGACAGAUAAAGAAGGAUUUUCAGACACUUACUUUAGUUAUAAGUUAGAAGAGGAGUUUAAUUCUCCUUUUAAGACUGUUGCCACUAAGGGGCUGGACUUUGACCCCUGGCCCAGUAAAGGCGGAGAAGAAGAAGUCGUUGACAUGGGAGGGACAAGGGGAAGCAAUGGUGAGCCUAAACCUUUUGGACUGGCUGUGGAUGACCAGUCUCAGGCCACAACACCAGACACUACCCCAGCCCGAACACCAACCGACGAUAGCACGCCGACGAGCGAGCCAAACCCAUUCCCCUUCCAUGAAGGGAAGAUGUUUGAGAUGACACGCAGUGGUGCGAUUGACAUGAGCAAGAGGGACAUGGUGGAGGAGAGGCUCCAGUUUUUUCAGAUCGGUGAGCAUUACUACUCAGCGGGCAGGUACAGGGUCAGGGACUUAGAGGUAGAUGCCUCCCCACAAUACAGGGAUCAGUUUAAUAUUCAGGAUCCCACAGAUACCUUAACAGUCCCUCAAGUCUCCAUUCAGACUACUACUGUCCAACUAGAAAUAUCAAAUGCAACUGGCAGUUACACCACAUGCAGAGACUCAACUUCCAAUACUGAGCCUAAAUUCUCCACUUUUAGAACAGGAUUCAAGAUGUCAUCUGAAAAAACAUCUGAUGCUUCAAAUAGCAGUUCUAAAUGUAGAAUACCAAGCAUCUUUGGUCACUCUAAUGACAUAACCUCAGGAACAACUGUAGAUAGUUAUUAUUCUGAAACCUCAAACUAUAAAGAUUAUUCUAAUUUUGAUACAUCAGGCAUGACAGAUUAUUAUUCAAUUCACAGACUUCCUUCAGGUACAUCCAAUCAUUUGGAUUGGACUUCAGAAAAUCACACUUAUUACCAAAGCACAGAUUCUUCUUCUGCACUAUCAAAACAGAUUAGCAAUCCCCAAACAUGGAGCAGCAAUACCAAUUGCAACAUCCCUGACUCCCAUGAUGUCCAUUCAGACAUCAUUCAGGCUGGCAGUGUUGUGUUUAACUUGUCCUCUCUGAGACCCACUCUGCAGGAGGUCAGCAAGAUAGAAGCAUCCUUCAGCCAGCUAGAGGAGAACAGCAAGGAAGCCAAGGCUUAUAAUAAUGUGCUAAUAACAAACACAGAAGCAAAAGAGGUCAAAGGCAAGAUAUGCAAGUCCAAGCUACCAGUGAGGGCGCCCAGCGGCAAACUAUGCAGUCAAAGUCAACCAAUAGUGAAAGACAAUGUUGAUAGAUUCCUAGUAAGGAAACAUGCAAUGCAUAAUGUCAGGGAAAGAUUACAGCCUUUUAAGAAUUUAUUUCCUAAAUCUAGAAUCCCAGUAAUGAAAGCCAUGAAAUACUCCUCUUGUCCCCGAGAGAAGAAGCAGGUUGGAAAUAAAUCUGCUGUUAGUGAUAGAAGCAAUAAAACUGCCAGUGAUAAUAAAACACAAACUAAAGCCAGAUCCAGUACUGAACACAGAUACAGUUUAGUGAAAACUGCAGGUACAAUUGGCAGAAAUGAGAUGGGAAGAAAAAACAGUGCAGUGGUCUCCAAAAAUGUUAAAACAAGGUCGGUAAAAGCAGGCAAACAUUUGGACCAAACCAUUCCCAAGGAGGCUGAAAGAAAGUUAGAGGGGAAAACACUGCCCACUGAGGAAGAAGAGAGCUGCAGCCUCAGCACUACCAGGAACACUUCCUUGUCAGAACCAUCUAGAGCUUCUAGAAGUUCCUGCCCUUCACGCACCUCUACCUCCACCAGCACCACCACAUCAACACCAUCUGCUAGAGAUGUGAGAGCUGAGGUUGAGCAGGCCAGCAGUGAGAGGAGGAGGAGGAGCAGGAGGAAGAGUAGGCGGACACUUGGAGGGAAGGAGCAAGAGCAGAAGGAGCAAGGGAGUCAGGUUGAUCAACCAAUCACGACUCCUGUCACGGAGAACCAGACUAGCCCUCAGAGUCCCUGUGAGAGAACAGACCUCCGCAUGGCUAUUGUAGCCGACCACCUCGGACUCAGCUGGACUGAGCUGGCAAGGGAGAUGGAUUUCUCUGUGGAAGAGAUCAACUUUAUCAGAGUGGAGAACCCCAAUUCCCUCACAGCACAGAGCUUCAUGCUCCUAAAGAAAUGGGUGCACAGGGACGGUAAAAAUGCCACAACGGAUGCUUUAACUGCGGUGCUGACUAAGAUCAAUCGGUUGGAUAUUGUGACUUUGCUGGAAGGGCCCAUAUUUGACUACGGUAACAUUUCAGGCACACGCUGCUUUGCCGAUGAUAACGCAGUAUUCCCGGAUCAGUCCGAUGGAUACGACAAUAUAGAUCUGGAGCUGCAAACCCCCUCAGACCUGAACUACGAGCCCCCCACCCCUCUUCGCUCAGACGACUUCUUUAGCGAGGGCGAUGCUAGCUCAGACUCCCCUAGCAAGGUCAUGCUUACUAGACCUAGCGACCUCUCUCUCACUCAGACCACCAGUACGUCCAGCAGCGACCCCCCCACAGUUGCCCCAGGUCCCACCUCUAACGCCUCGAAGCCCCCCAUCGUCGGGGCCGAAGAUACAGCCUUGACCACUGAGGAAAGAGGGAUGUCUGAGGAAAAAAAUACAAGGCUGGUUUAUUAUGAAAGGGUGGAUAAUGACAGAAGGGCAGUAGAGCGAUCAGGAAAGGGAACAAACGGGCAUGCUGAGGACUUAGAGAAGGAAGCUCAGGCAGUGCAAGGUGGUAUUUUGGAGCGUCAGGGAGAGAAAGCAGCCUGCGACACUGCUCAUGGAAAUGCAAGGCAGGAAGAAGAAGAAGAGGAGGAGAUGACCCAGGAGAGGCUGCAGAGUCUGCUGGAGGACAUAAAGCAGGAGGGAGGCUUGGAUGACGAGGAGAUGACAGAGGAGAGGAUGAAUGCUAUCCUUGAACAACUACAGCAAGCAAAAAAAGACGUGUGUUCAGUUCCAGGCUUGAGAUGCGAGACGUCCGGCGCAAUCGUAGAGUCGGCAGCCCGUGGCCACGACCCCGGCACCAUGGAGGGCAGCCCCGACCGUCUGGCCACGUUGGAGCAGCCCCCUGCUCAGACCGACAGAAAGAACGGAAGUCACAUUGACACAGCCAGCGAAGGACAGGAAAAGGAGGCCAAGAGGAAGGGAUCUCAGGGGGACAGCAGCACAGCGGGGGCAAGCAGAGGACGGGAGGAUGGAGGUGAAAGGUCCCAGCACAAAGUCCAGGGGAGUGUUAGAGCUGACGAGUCCGGCUCCGAUGAGGAGACCACUGUCACUACCAGGGUGUACCGCAGACGAGUCAUACUCAAGGGAGAGGAGGCCAAAAACAUUCCUGGGGAGUCUGUAACAGAGGAGCAGUUCACAGAUGAAGACGGAAAUCUUGUCACCAGAAAAGUGAUCAGAAAGGUGGUGCGCCGUGUGUUCAACACGGAGGAAAGGAGGGAAAGUGAAGCAGACACUGUUACAGCAGAAGCAGCUGAUGGAGGUGGUGGUGGUGGUGGUGGUGGUGGUGUCGGUGUAGCGGCAGGUGGAGCAGACGCUGCUUAUUCAGCAAGACCCACGGGGGGGAAGGGCAAGAAGAAGGGGAAGCGCUCCCGACAGGGCCACAAGGCUGACAAGUCUGGAGAAAACACUGAGCCUGGAAACGGCGGCAACAAGAAACAAGGGAAGAAGAGUCAGUCGUAACAGAGGAGCUCUCAACGAAACCAGGUCCACUGACGUCCACCUGCAGCACCACACACCCUGGGAGGAAAAACAAGACUGGAAGCCUCGUCAAUCGGCCAAAACGUGUCUGAAGCUUUCACUUACAACGCAUGGUUCUCAGCAAGACAAUGCAAAACGAGUUACUUUUCUUUGAUUUCGCAUGAGCAUGUCACCAAAACUCACUCACUCUGUUGGAAACAACACCGAAAAGGACACGCAUCGACGUGAGCUGGAGCUUUCUUAUCUUCGACGAAUGAAAGGCGCCUGUGACCAAAGAUGGCACAAAAAAAGGAAAAGUAAACGCUGACGGAUAAGGAAGACUCGUGAUUCACUCUCUCCCAGACACUCGCCUUAUUAGGGUCUAUUUUUUUCCUCCUGGACCCACAGUACAGGAGUGUACCGUGUGGUUCUUUUUUUUUUAAUGAAAUAUAAUAGAACAUGGGUGAUUUUCUUUUUUUGUUGUAUAUAAAUGACACUGUAUAAAAUCCAAAAAAAAAAAAAAUCAAUAGCUUCACAGAUUGUUUAUGCACUGAUUUGAGUUGAAGCUUUGCAGAGUUGGUGCAUUUGUAUUAAGCAGCCUUGAGCGUGCGAUCCGACAUGCUCCUCCCAAGAGAAUACACAAAGGAACAAAAAAAAAAGAUGUAUGUAAAUGAGAAAUGAAUGGAAGGAAAAAAAAAAAUAACCGCUUGAUUUUAAACAAAGGACGUUUCUUUUUAAGCCAACAGCUUCUUUCGCUCAGUCUGUGAAAAAUGAUUUGUCUUCAGAGAAAUACUAUUUUGCUGCAUGGGACGUCACUUUAUUUUUAAGGCUUUCUUUUUAUUUUCCUCCAAAUUAAAAACAAACCCCCACUAUAAUACAAUUAGAGAGAUGGUACUUCUGUCUUUGUGAGCACUCAUAAUAACCCAGCCAUGUGUCAUCUAUAACUGUUUUUAUUAUAUUCUUUACGAAAAGGAAAACACACACAUCAGAUAGCAAACCUUGAGGAUUGUACUGACGGUGUCCCCAAACGUAACCAUCAGACCGGCACAUUGUGUUAUCGCCUAACUGCUAGCAGCCCCGUGUGCGUGUGUGUGCAACAUUGAAUACAAAUGUGUAUCUGUACGCCCAUCAUGCAUUCUAGAAGUGUAAGUUUAAGCUUUUAGAUCUGCUGUGGUUUUAAAAAGGGGACUUUUAUUUUGACGGUUUGAUGACUUUAUUUAACAGGUUGUAUUUACAUUAGAACAGAUAAUCACAUUUUUAGCCCCAUUAUUCAAAUAUUGUUCUUUUUUGUUUGUUUGUUAAUGGCUUAAUCACAGUAUCGAUCACACAUUGUUAAACAGCCGAUCUUCCGUUUCUGUGUAAUUUUAAAAAGAAAAUGAUGUCUGUCUUUUUUCAUACAAAGCCACCCUAAGCAUCCACUGUUGAUGAUAAAUCUGGUACCAACAUGUAUGAUGAACCAACAUAGCCUACACUGGAUGAUCCAAGUAAUUAUUUAAGCAGAAAAAAUAAAUUGUGUUUAAAUUGAA